AUGGGUAAUUUUGGAGGCCACGCUCUUCCAGGAUCAUUCUUCAUCCUGUUUGCAUUAUGGUGGACAGUGCAAAUGUUUCAUAGAUACUACAACUGCCGUCAAAGAAAUACACGUUUUGUCUCCACAGCAACAUAUCCCUGUUCAUGUCUGUGUGGAAAAUUUGCAGAAUGGCCAAUAGAACCUGUAGUGAAGUUGUUCUUCGUUACAGUUGGUUUUAGUCUAGAAAUUUACACGGGUUUUAAUGACGGAAAGUUCACAACUCUUGGAAAUGGACAGCAUGCUACUAUGUUCUUUUUUUUUGGACUAACAGGUGUGAUGGAUCUGCUACAAUACUUCAAAGCUCCAGUGCCCAAAGAUAUUGAAUAUGUUAGCAUGUGGUUGGCCGUAAUGGUAGAAGGUUUGCUAUUCAAGUUUCACCUUCAUGGCAGGAAUGAAUUGGAUGUCCUCCUUCAUACACUCCUCAUUUACACUAUCGGUGCCAACCUGCUGGCACUGACAGCAGAAAUCAAGUGGAGAAACAAUAUUCUCAUCGCAUUGUCACGAUCCUAUUUCAUUUUCUUGCAAGGAACAUGGUUUUGGCAGGUAGCUUUUAUCCUGUACAACCCAUCACCUGGAGCUGAGGCAUGGAACCCAGAGGACCACGAUUCAUUGAUGAUAGCAACCAUGUUCUUCACCUGGCAUUGUGGGGCUGUGUUCUUAACAAUGCUAGCAAUAGGAGGUUUUGUGGCAUGUUUUCAUAAAAGAUUUAAAGAUUUCAAUGAAAAUGAAAUGGCAAUGAAACGGUUGAUACAUACAGGUGCUAACGGGCAGACGUUGAUCAGCAUGAAUGAUGACAGCGACAGCGAAAUUGAGUUCCAGAAGUCAACAGUUGGUCAGUAG